AAUUCUAAAUCUGUUGUCAAAAUAAAUGUUAUACUUGAGUGUAGUGGCGACUUGUUUAUUUUUAUUGGAGAAUAUAGUUUAAAAUGUGUCCCUAGAUGAUAUACUUACAAUGGCUGUUGUUCCUUAUGAAAUGUUAUUACAUCCAGAGCUUUUACCUAAUGAAAAGUUAAUUCAAAUCAUUCAUGAGAGACAUCUACGAAUUCCGAAUCUAUCAAAUAUGUCAAGGCCUGAGCUAUUAAGAUUAUUUCAUCAGUUUUGUCUUCCUUACGGUCAAAGAAGGUAUAGAGAUUCUGGAAGAGGCAAAAUACUGAAUAAGUGCCGUCAGCUAUCUCCAGAUAGAACAGUUACAAUGGCUAUAAGUGAUAAACAAAGAAACAGCCCAACAUGCUCGCAAGUGUCAGAUAAUGGCCCAAAUAAAAUAUUACAUCGCUCAAAUGAAGAUCACCCUGAACCAGCUCCAGAUCUACUGUCGGGUCAGAUAAAAAGAAUAAAAAUUGAUAGAUCAACACCUAACGGUUCAGGUGCGAAGAGGAAGUCAAAUGUAGAUCCUGUAAAUAUUUCUUCAGACUGUCCGCCUCCGAAAAAGAAUAGAAAACCCAUUACAUGGCCAUGAUUACAAGAAAAUUUGUUUCCUUUGUACAUAUGUAUAGUAUUUCUUAACUAAUACUAAGGAUAACCAUGAAAUUAAACAUGUAUUUAAUCAAAGUUCUGCACAAACAAUGUCCUAUUCCUUUCUACUUUUAUCUUCAACUGUGACUGACAUAGAAAUUGAGCUUUCCAGUUUAUCUGAAUGCUUAUGGUAUAUGUUCGCAAGCUUUUUAACUUAUACAACUAAUUUAAUAGAUUUUUUUACUA